AUGCUCCUUUUUGUAAGCUUAUGGCCCAUUGUGCAAUCUAGGACAGAUGAGCAACGUGACAUUGAGGUGGCUUUUGCCACAUCAUGGAUUUUCGAGAUGGGCUGUGGUGUGGUGAUCAUCCUCAGCGUUCUCACCGUGGCGUGGGAAAUGGAUGGACUGGACGCACCCAUCUUUCUGCAGUUUAUGGAGAGUGCAGUCACCAGUUUCUUCCUCCUGGAGUGGUUGGUGCGCUUGAAGGUCAUGGGGCUGCGAUGGCUUUUAGAUCCCAUCAUCAUCUUCGAUACCUUUAUCGUCUGGGUUCCAGGGGUGCUGGCUGUCUGGGCCUUUCAACCCUUGGUGGAAACCUCCUCGGCCACCGAUCUCCUCAAAGUCCUGCGCACCGUUCGCAUGCUUCGGCUGCUGAGAAUCGUGCUCUUCUUCAAGCAUUUCAAAGCUUUCCAGGAUAUUUUUCAGCUGGUGAGGGGCCUUCUGAGUAGCGGAGGCACCUUGUUAUCUGCCCUGGGGCUGAUCGCCUUUACCCUCUACGUUGGGGCCAUUAUCGCCAUUGACCUGAUUGGUCAUCAAGACUUCACAGGUGCAAGCGAAGAUGUCCUGGAAGCACAGGCGCUCUUCCAAGGCAUUUUUCCCACCAUGCUCACGCUGAUCAGGUUCAUGCACUUUGAUGACGCCCAACCAAUCAUGGAUUCCUUGACCAAGAGAUUGCCAUGGAUUUGGGUUUUUCUCUGGCUUUUCACUGCUGUGUCGGCGUUCGUGCUCUUGAACCUUGUGACAGCGGUGAUCGUGCAACAGGCCUUGGAAAUGGCCGGCAGUGAUGAAACGGAAAAGGCCUUGGAACUCCAAAAACAACGUGAGAGAGACCUGUGA